AUGUUGAAGUCCACAGUGCCAUUUCAGCGUGAUGACGACUUCAUUUCCCGCGACACUCUGGGCGCUGUACGCCGUAUGUGCACAAGGCCUACAGCUCGUGCAGCCCUUGUUGGUCUUGGGGGUGUUGGAAAAUCUCAAAUUGCCAUUGAGUAUGCCUAUCAGGUGCUUAAUGAGUCGCCUGAUACAUGGGUGUUCUGGGUACACGCAGAAACACAGGAGAGGAUCAAUGAAGGAUACCUUGAGAUCGCCAAGAAGACCAAAAUGGACGGCUGGAAUGAUCCCAAGGCGAACGUCAUGCAACUUGUGAGCACUUGGCUGCGCAAUGAAGCAAAUGGAAGAUGGGUAAUGGUGAUUGACAGCGCCGAUGAUGCGAGUGUAUUCCUCCACGACACUCCAGCAUCUCGUGCGGUCUCCAUCACCGCAUCAACAACGAUGGAGCCAUUGUUUUCUUCUUUCCUGCCACAACCAUCAACCGGCUCGGUCCUCAUUACUUCGCGCAGCCACGAGGUUGCUUAUAAGCUUACAGGCGCCGAAACCAACAUUGUUGAGGUUGGCCCGAUGAACGAUCAGGAAGCAUUUGCUCUUCUCCAAAAGAAGUUUACAUUCGCUGUGCAAAGAGAUGAAGCUGAUGCGUUGAUCAGUGCCCUCGAUCACAUGCCCCUCGCACUCACUCAAGCAGCGGCCUUCAUCAAUCGGACCCCACGCAUGAGCAUCUCGAGGUAUUUGAAAGAAAUUGAUCACAACCGAGCACGCCUGCUGGACAAAGCCUUAAUAGAUAUCCGCAGGGAUGUUCAGGCAUCGAACUCAAUCAUGACGACAUGGCAAAUUUCAUUCGACUACAUACGUGAGCGGUCUUCGACGGCUGCUCGGCUGCUGUCGCUGAUGUGUCUUUUUGACCGGCAGGGAAUUCCUAAAUCGAUUCUUCAGGGCAAGUAUGCAGAGCAUGAGCAUGGGAGCCUAGACUUUGAACACGACAUGUACAUGCUGACUAGCUUUUGCCUCGUCAAAGCAAGCGCGGAUGAAAGCAGCUUCGAAAUGCAUGGGCUCGUGCAAUUCUCUAUGAAGAAGUGGCUUGAGCUAAAUAAUGAGCUGGAAUACUGGAAGGAGAUAUACGUAGCACUCAUAGACAAGAGCUUUCCAGUGGGACGACCGGAGAAUUGGUCCAUCUGCCAGACAUUGUUCCCGCAUACUCAAGCUGCGCUGGAUAAUCAUCCAUUCGACGCGGAUGCGUUAGAGGCGUGGGCAUCGAUAUCCUUGAAAGCGGCUGGGUAUAUGGGCGAGAUGGGGGAGUAUAGCAAGGCGUAUAAACAUGCUCUUGACUCUCUCGACGUCCGGGAGAUACUACUAUGGCCGGAAGAUCCAGAUAUAUUCGAUAGCCUCAACAGCGUUGGGGUGGCGUUGAGCAGAUUAGGCCGAUACGAGGAAGCAAAGACGAUGUACCAAAGGGCGGUGGAAGCGAAAGAACGAGUACUUGGUGCGGAUCAUCUUGAUACACUCACCAGCAUGCUCAACCUUGCAAGUCUAUACAACGACCAAGGGCACUGGACGGGCGCUGAAAAGCUACUCCAGCAGGUUCUGGAGGUGGUCAGAAAGACGGAGUCCGAGGCAGGUCGCUGCUUGACACUGUCUACGCUUACAACCCUCGCAACCACGCAUAGUAAGCUAGGCCGCUCCGUGAAAGCAGCAGAACUAGGGCUCCAAGUCCUGAAGGCCCGUGAGACAGAACUUGGAACCGACCAUCCCACAACCCUGACCGUGAAAUGCAACCUAGCCUCCACGUACAGCCACCAAGGGCGCUUCAACGAGGCCGAGGAACUAUAUCUCCAGGUCCUCAAAGUCCGCGGACUGAACCUCCACGCAGAAACAGAGAUACUCGUCACUAAGGCUCAUCUGGCUUCCAUCUACAAAGCCCAAGGCCGCUGGACCGAAGCCGAAAAUCUUCAACUGGAAGUCAUGAGCACAAGCAAAACCAAACUCGGCCCGGUUCACCCGGAUACGUUCUACGCCAUGGGCAACCUAGCCGGGAUAUACUGGACACAAGGCCGCUUCUCAGAAGCCGAAGCGCUGCAACUUCAACUCUUAGACCUUCGUAAGGCAACACUCGGAGAAGAGCAUCCGUCGACACUGGACACUAAAUGCAGUCUCGCAGCAACAUACUGGAGUCUCGAACGUUAUGAAGAAUCCGAAGCUCUCACUCUUGAAGUCCUCAAGAUCCGAACAGCGAAACUAGGAGACGAGCAUCCACUGACGGUGGAUAAUAAAGCGAAUCUCGCAUCCACAUAUAGGGACCAAGGGCGAUUUAAAGAUGCGCAACAACUGGAGGAAGUUGUGCUCAAACUGAGGAAGGAGACGUUGGGGGAAGCGCAUCCGAGUACGUUGGGCAGUAUGGGGAAUCUGGCGGUUACGUAUCAUCGGCAGGGGUGGGUUGAGAAGGCGUUCAAGUUGAUGGAGAAUUGCUAUGAGGGGCAUGUGAGGGUGUUGGGGGAGGGACAUCCGAUUACGGUAAGGUAUAGGGAGGGGUUGGAGAAGUGGCGGAGAGAGGAUGGACAAGGUACGAGGUAG